GUAGGGGGGGGGAAUAGAAAAGCAGGGCAGCUCCAAUAUAUAUAUUAUAAUAAAUUAAUUUAAUCGCCUGUUAUAUAAAUAUCUGUGAUGGGGUGAAUUUAGUUUUUUAUUGUUUGUUAAUGCUAAUUUGUUUUGCUGGCCAGUAAUCUGUGUAAAUAGCUAUGUGUAUAAUUUAUGUAAAUACUUUGGGUGUUAUUUAGCUUUGGUUAACAAACUGAGGCCUGCUUAGUUUGAAGCAUGUGACUCAGCUGUGUUCAGAGUAUAUGUAAAUGGUGCUAAAACAAUUGUAUAUUGAAAGCUGUUUUUGCUGUAUGUUAAUACACAAGUGUGCAUGGAAAGCUUUACUUUUAUAUAUAAAUGAAAUUUAUUGUACAAAGCACUUACCUACAGCUCUCAGAGAAGCCACUUCCUAAAGGGGUGGUCAGCCUCUCAGAAUGAAUAUUUAUAGGAUAGAUGCUGAUCACAUGGUGUCAGCAUAGAGCAGUCUGGAAGCUAUAAAAGCUGCAGACUGAAAUCAUUGGGGUGUUAAGCCUUUGUGAGAGGUUGUUCUGGAGCUCAGGAAUGUGUGUUUGCAGGGUUACUGCUGACCUCCUGCUGGUGAAAAGUGCAUACUGCAGCUUUGCACAUUGUUUUCUUCAUUUGCAUGAAAAAUAAAGCACAAACUUUCCACUGAAGAUCUGCCUGGCUACUGUACUUACAUGCGCCCAGUGACAUAUGGUGUCAGAAGUGGGAUAAUAUUAAAGUGCCGCAUAAGGCAAUGCCAGGGUACAGAUGUGGAAAAGACAAGCCUGGAGAGAAUCUCCAAAAAUUACCCAGAAGUCACAGCAGGGUGCAAAAGUGAGCACAAGAUCACAGCAAGGAGUAAAACUAAUAGGCGAGUGGAAGAAACCUGCAAGGAAAGCGAGAAUGUCCAAGCGGGACGAUGAUGCUUCUUCCAGAGGCCCUUCACAUGAUUCUCCUGAAGGAAAAGAGGAAAUUCCAAGUGAAGCAGAACUCCUUUCUGGUGCCAUGGGAAUUGCUACUGCUGAGCGUACAGUGAAACCAAAGGCACAUAUCUUAAAGGCUUCUACAGAAAAGGAAGAGCAGCCUACAAUGCCAGAGACUAUUGCAUCUUUACCACCUUCAGGUUUAGAUGAACUUCUGAAAUGGAUGGUUCUGAAACAAAUAGAAUCAGAUCAGAAGCACAAGGUGGAGGAGCAAAGAUGGAGGCAAGAUGAGGCUAAAAGGCGAGAAGAGGAGCAAAGGAGAUUUCAACAAGAGGCACGGGAGCACCGUGAGGAAAUGCUCAAGCUACAACAGAUGCAGCACAAGCAGCUUGCUGAAAUACUGCAAUCCUGGAAAGCACAAAGUCCUAAUUCUACAAGUCUUAAAGAUCUCCGCCUGACUAAAUUGACUGCAGAUGAUGAUAUUGAAUCCUAUAUCACCAUGUUUGAAAGAGUUGCUCAAACGUGCGUUUGGCCCAAAGAACAGUGGGUGAUACGUCUUGCUCCGUAUUUAACUGGCAAAGCACAGAAAGCAUACAGCAGUUUAAAUGCCAGAGAUGCUCAGAAUUAUGACUGUGUGAAAGAUGCCAUAUUUCGUCGAUAUGAGCUAAAUGCUGAAACUUUCAGACAAAGAUUUCGGACAUACAAGUACAACAACUCUGAAGGUCCUCGUGAGGCAUAUGCCCAGCUUUAUGAACUGUUGUUAAAAUGGAUUCAACCAGAAAAAAAAACUGGUGAGGAAAUCCUUGAAAUUAUUGCACUGGAGCAAUUGGUUGAAAUUCUGCCUGAGAAAGCAAAGUUAUGGGUACAGGAGCAUCGUCCUGAAACAAGCUCAAAGGCAAUUGCUCUAGCGGAGGACUUUUUGCUCGCUAGAAGGGAUGCAGAGCAAAGAAAUACUGUACGAUACAAACCCUUUCCGCAAAAAGAACCACAGCCCAGAGUAAAUCCUCAAGACCGUGGAAAUGUAAAAUGCCACAGCUGUGGAAAACUUGGACAUAUUGCCAGAUUUUGUCAUAAAGUACAAAACAAAAGUAACCCUACUAAUGUUGUUGGAGACAAUGGUGGUUUCCUGGUUGAAGCACAUGUAAAUGGCCAGAAAGUGCAAGCCCUAUUGGAUAGUGGAAGUCCCCAGACACUGCUUAAAGCUGGUGUAUUAAGAAAUCUUAAUAUUUUAGGAAACACCACGAUAACCUGUGUCCAUGGUGACAAGAAAAAACAUGCUUUGGCCAAAAUACAAGUUAAAGUUGGAUCAACUGUCCACAGACUGAUUAUUGGACUGGUCCCCAAGUUGCCUUACCAUUUGAUUAUUGGGAGAGACUUUCCUAAUUUUCUAAGUUUGUUGCCACAACAGAGGACAGAGUCUCCUAUGGUAGCAGUAACUACGAGGGCACAAGCAAAGCAAGCUGUUGCCAGUGAGGAAACCUGGAAUAAACUUUUCCCCUUUUCUUCAGAUUUGUUUGAAGGACAAGGUAAGCCUGGUAAGACCAAAAGGGAAAAGAGACUUUUAAAGGCUCAGUGGAAAGCAGAACACAAUGAGCCCAAAAGAGACUUUCUUGCUACAGUCAAUUGGGACAUUGAUAUUGAAAAGGCUCAGAGAAAAGACAGCAGUUUGUUGCCAUUAUUUAGAAAGGUUGUAAGUAAUUCUGAAAUAUCUGAUGAACAGCCUUGCUAUGUUUUGCAAAAUUGUAUCCUUAUAAGGGUAAGACAAAACAAAAAAUUGGGGGUAAUACAAGAACAAGUAGUGGUUCCCAAAAUGUUUAGGGAGGAAAUAAUUCGUUUGGCCCAUGAAACACCGUGGUCUGGUCAUAUGGGUAGAGAGAAAACCCUGAAUAGGAUCUUAUACAGAUUUUUUUGGCCAGGUAUUCAUCAGCAAGUAGCUGAAUACUGCAGUUCUUGUCCUGUAUGCCAGAAAACUGCACCUGUUAAGCCAAGUGACAAAGCUCCCUUGAUCCCAAUACCAGUUGUGGGGAAAGUAUUUGAAAGGGUAGCAAUGGAUAUAGUUGGCCCUUUAGAAAAAAGUAGUAAGGGUAAUCAGUACAUACUUGUUGUUUGUGAUUAUGCAACAAGAUACCCCGAGGCCAUACCACUAAGAAACAUUACAGCAAAAUCUGUGGCAGAUGCCCUAAUUAAAAUAUUCAGCUCUCUUGGUAUUCCCCGAGAAAUCUUAACUGAUCAGGGAACAAAUUUUACCUCAAGUCUUUUAAAAGAGCUGUAUGCACUACUUGGAGUAAAAGCACUAAGAACUGCUCCUUAUCAUCCCCAAACUGAUGGUUUAGUAGAGAGGAUGAACCAAACCUUAAAGCGUAUGCUUAAAAAGUUUGUGGAGGAUGAUCCAAAACACUGGGAUAGAUGGUUACCCUAUCUUCUUUUUGCCUAUAGAGAGGUACCGCAAGCCUCUACUGGUUAUUCACCUUUUGAAUUACUUUAUGGAAGACAACCUAGGGGUAUCCUUGAUGUAAUUCAUGAAAACUGGGUAAGUGAUGAACAUAGUCCUCAGAGUGUCAUUGACUACAUUGAUUGUAUGAGACAGAAAUUGUGCAAAAUGUCAGAAAUGGCACAGCAAAAUUUAGCUGAUGCUCAGUCCAAUCAAAGUACCUGGUAUAACAAACGUUCAAGGGAACAAACAUUUAAAUCUGGUGAAAAAGUCCUACUUUUACUUCCCAGUCAGCAGAAUAAACUAAUGGCUCGUUGGCAGGGUCCCUUUCAGAUUUUGAGACAAGUGGGUCCUGUAGAUUAUGAAAUUCAGAUUCCGGGUAGAAGGAACAAAAAGAUUUAUCAUGUAAAUCUCCUAAGAAAGUGGAAGGAGAGGAAAGAAAAUACUUCUUUGAUGGUGUUGCAGGAAUGUUCACCUGAUAUGGCUGAAGAAGCAUAUCAGAGACUGGACAGAGAAAGUUCUGAAGCCUGUAAGAUUAAUAUAUCUUCUGUGCUAACUUUAGAUCAACAAACAGAACUGGGCAAGUUAUUAGACAAGUACAAUUGUAUUUUUGUGACAACACCAGGUAGAACUAAUCUUAUUGAGCAUGUCAUUGAUACAGGUGAUGCAAAACCUAUUCGUCAGCAACCCUAUAGGAUGCCUGAAAAAUACAAACAAAUUAUAAAGCAAGAAGUAAUGCAGAUGUUAGAGUUUGGUGUAAUUGAACCUUCUGUAAGUAAUUGGUGUUCACCAGUAGUACUGGUUCCAAAAAAAGACAGUUCUAUUCGUUUUUGUGUUGAUUUCAGGAAAAUCAAUCUCAUAUCUAAAUUUGACUCAUACCCAAUGCCACGCAUUGAUGAGUUAAUUGACCAGCUGGGUGGAGCUAAAUUUAUCUCUACCAUUGACCUGUCAAAGGGUUAUUGGCAAAUACCCUUAGAUCCAGAGUCUCGAGAGAAAACAGCAUUUGCAACUAGCCAGGGACUCUUUCAGUUUGUAACCAUGCCAUUUGGUCUCCAUGGGGCGCCUGCUACUUUUCAGCGCCUUAUGGACCGCAUCCUAAGAGGGCAUGAUUCAUACUGUUCUGCUUAUUUAGAUGAUGUGGUGAUAUUUAGCCCAGAUUGGCAAAGUCAUCUGCGACAUCUAGAUACUGUUGUGUCUCUUAUAAAAUCUGCUGGUCUUACAAUUAACCCGAAAAAGUGUGCUCUAGGUUUUACAGAAACUAGAUAUUUAGGUUAUAUUCUAGGAAAUGGCAAGGUAAAAGCUGACAAAAGCAAAAUUAAAGCCAUUGCUGAGAUUCUUCCACCAAAAACAAAGAAAGAGGUACGUUCUUUCCUAGGUUUGGUUGGAUAUUAUCGGAGAUUCCUGCCAAAUUUCUCUGAAAUUGCUGCUCCAUUGACUGAUCUCACUAAAAAGAAUUGCAAAGACCAAGUUAUAUGGAAUCCACAAUGUGAAGUAGCUUUUCAGAAGCUUAAAGACAUGUUAUGUACUGAACCAGUUCUUAAAAGUCCUAAUUUUGAUUACAGAUUUAUAGUACAAACUGAUGCAUCUGAGAAAGGUUUAGGUGCUGUACUGAGUCAAGAAAUUGAUGGAGAGGAGCACCCUGUGCUCUACAUAAGCCGAAAACUAUUCCCUAGAGAAACUAGGUAUAGUGUCAUUGAAAAAGAAUGUUUAGCAAUAAAGUGGGCACUAGAGUCAUUAAGAUGUUACCUACUGGGUCAAGAGUUUUCCUUAGUAACUGAUCACCACCCACUUAUAUGGAUUAACAGAAUGAAAGAUAAAAAUGCAAGAGUUACAAGAUGGUACCUUGCAAUCCAACCAUUUAGAUUUACAGUUCACCACCGGCCGGGUAGUCAACAUCACAAUGCUGACUAUUUAUCUAGAUAUGGUGCAGGAACUGAAAAGGAAGAAUAAUUCUGUCUUUGAGGAAACUCACGUUCAUGUGAGUACUGAUAAGGUUUUUUUGAUUGUUUCUGAAGAAGGUACCCUUCUUCUUAAGGAGGGGGAUAUGUGAUGGGGUGAAUUUAGUUUUUUAUUGUUUGUUAAUGCUAAUUUGUUUUGCUGGCCAGUAAUCUGUGUAAAUAGCUAUGUGUAUAAUUUAUGUAAAUACUUUGGGUGUUAUUUAGCUUUGGUUAACAAACUGAGGCCUGCUUAGUUUGAAGCAUGUGACUCAGCUGUGUUCAGAGUAUAUGUAAAUGGUGCUAAAACAAUUGUAUAUUGAAAGCUGUUUUUGCUGUAUGUUAAUACACAAGUGUGCAUGGAAAGCUUUACUUUUAUAUAUAAAUGAAAUUUAUUGUACAAAGCACUUACCUACAGCUCUCAGAGAAGCCACUUCCUAAAGGGGUGGUCAGCCUCUCAGAAUGAAUAUUUAUAGGAUAGAUGCUGAUCACAUGGUGUCAGCAUAGAGCAGUCUGGAAGCUAUAAAAGCUGCAGACUGAAAUCAUUGGGGUGUUAAGCCUUUGUGAGAGGUUGUUCUGGAGCUCAGGAAUGUGUGUUUGCAGGGUUACUGCUGACCUCCUGCUGGUGAAAAGUGCAUACUG